GUCGAACAAAAUGAGUCGGAGUCGUCAGAUAAGUAAAAAUGUCCGGAGUAAAGAAGCAGCUGAAUCUUCGGAAAGAAAAUCGAGAGGUGUUUGAUUGGUCCCCGCUUCCAGCAAGGAAGAAACUGGGAGAAGUGCCUAAAAUCGAUAAUCAGUCUAAAGAUCUGUACCCUAAUUGCGAUGUCAACGUGUGGUUGAGAUCUUGUGACGAGGAAGUCACCGAACCCAUCCUUGGAAAAGUCACUGGAGAAAUACCUAAAUGGUUAGAAGGAUCAUUAUACAGAAACGGCCCAGGAUCUAUUAAGGUGGGAUCAGAAGAGUUCGGGCAUUUGUUCGACGGCUCUGCCCAUAUCCAUAGGUUUAUUAUUAACUCAGGAAAUGUUAAAUAUCAGUGCAGAUUUCUGCGAUCAGAUGUUUACAAGCGGAACGUGGAAGCAAAUUGCAUCGUCGCCACGGAAUUCGGGACUAAAUCUGUAGCAGAUCCUUGUAACAGCAUCUUUAAGAGGGUUACAUCGCUGUUCAAACCUGAAAAAAUGAUGUCGGACAACGCGAUGAUUUCCAUUUAUCCAUUCGGAAAAGAUUUGUACGCUUUCGGGGAAAGUCCAGUAAUACAUAGGAUAGAUACUGAUAAUUUGGACUCUCUUGGGAAAGUUAAUGUGUACGAACGUAUUGGAUUGAUUAGUCAAUCGUCGCAUCCGCACAUCGAAUCUGAUGGUUCCGUGUACAAUUUAGGCAUGGUCGUCGGAACCUCAGGUCCAGUUCACAAUAUUGUUCGAUACCCAAUUGGGUCUAGUUCUGAAGAAAUGUUUGAUAACGCAAAAGUCGUGGCGAGUUUACCAGCAAGAUGGAUGUUGCAUCCAUCCUACAUGCAUACAUUUGGAAUAACUGAAAAUUACUUUGUUAUCGUGGAACAGCCUCUAAGUUUAUCAUUGCCUUCGAUGGUGAAAUGCACAUUAAAGAACGAUCCUCUAGUCGGUAGUUUUUCUUGGUAUGGAGAAGAAAUGACGCAAAUUAAUUUGAUAUGCAGAAAGACCGGUCGUUGUGUGCGGAAAUUCUUCGCCGAAUCCUUUUUCUACCUACACAUCAUAAAUCAAUACGAAGACGCGGAGGAUGAGACCGUAGUUUUGGAUGUGUGCGGAUACAGAGAUCCGGCUAUGAUCGAUUGCAUGUACAUAGAUGCAAUGAGGAAUAUGCAGAAGAAUCCGGAUUAUGCAAAAAUGUUCAGGGGCAGACCGCUCCGGUUCAUUCUGCCUAUGCUAAUGACCGAUGAGAAAGUUGGAAAAGCCGGUGCUGAAAUAUCGGAUGACGGUGAAAUUUGCGUAAAGCCGCUGAAACUUUGUGAUUUGGGAUGCGAAACGCCCAGAAUAAAUUACGAACGACAUUUGGGACGCAAAUACAGAUAUUUUUAUGCGAUUAGCUCGGACGUGGAUGCCGAUAAUCCUGGGACAAUUAUCAAAGUGGACACAUGCAUGAGAAAUUGUAAAACCUGGUGCGAACCGAACUGUUAUCCAAGCGAACCUAUUUUCAUAGCAAAUCCCGAUUGUAAAGACGAAGACGAUGGUAUAGUUGUAUCAUCGAUGAUAUGGGGAGGUGAGGACACAAACACAGUGGGAAUCUUGAUCUUAGAUGCAAAGACAUUCUCGGAGAUAACCAGGGCCGUAUUCACAACACCAAGUGCAGUACCAAAAUGCUUACACGGAUGGUUUCAACCACUACAAACUCAUAAACAAAUCAUCACAUAACAAAUUGUUUUUAAGUAUGCAAUAAAUAUUAUUUUACUUGAUAAUUAAGAAAUAUAUAUCUAAACACAUGGUUAAAAAAUAAGUAGAAGACUAUUUUCAAAGACAUGAAUGCUUCCGUUGUAUAAGAAUAAUACAAGUAAUUUUUAUCAAGAAAGAUAUUAGUUAUUAUAUUUAGAACUAGUGAAAAUGACAUCAAAAUGCAGAGAUCUAGACAUGUUGAACAUGAAUACAAUAUUUAUUAUGUAAUUAGUUCUGUGGAAUGUAUAAGUGAAAUAAGCCAAAUAUAUAUAUAGUAA